AUGCUUCUUUUAUUAUUUUUACCCCAAUUAGUAUUGUCUAACAAAAUAUCCGACAUUCACUAUUCUGAUUUGGAUUUUUAUUCUCCCUCAGAUUCCCCCAAAAACAAUUGGACAGUAAAUUAUGGAAGUUGGUUAACCCUUCCUUCUCUAGAUUUUGCAGCAGCUGCAUAUUCGACUGAUCCAAGCCCUUGUUUAGAAAAACAUAAAGCAAAACUUGUUUUGCGCGUACAAGUGCCCUGUGAUGCUUUUAGAGACGAGUGUUGGGCAUUCAUUGCAAUUUCAAAGCAUUUUAUAAUAUUUAGUGUUCGUGGUACUCAAACACAAACACAAUUAAUUGUUGAAAUUAUUGAAUCGAUGACUGGUAGCAAAAUUUUAGAAAAAAUUUUUUUUGAAAAAUUCCUUCCAAUUUUAGCCCCCAAAAAGGAAUUCCCAGCAGGCGGUUCUGUUCAACAUUAUUUUUAUGAGUCACUUCAGGCAAUUUGGAAUGCUGGUUUUGGUACAAAAUUGGCAGAAUUGAAAAAACCUAAAGAAUUGUUGUUGGUGACGUUUGGACAGCCACGAGUUGGAAAUAUUGAAUAUGCAAAAUUACAUCGACGUCUAGUUCCAAAUUCUUUUAGAAUUGUGCAUAGAUAUGGUUUUUUUCUAAAUACUUUAGAAAUACUGUAG